UUUCUGGUAAGGAGGACGGGGAGCAAGUUCAAUGGUGUGAUUCUGAAGCGGCUGUUUAUGAGCAAGACGAAUAAGCCUCCCAUCUCUCUCAGGAGGCUGAUCCGCUUCAUGAAUGGAAAGGAGAAUAGUAUUGCUGUGAUUGUUGGAACUGUGACUGAUGAUAAGAGGGUGCAUGAGAUUCCAGCGAUCAAGGUUACUGCGCUGAGGUUCACAGAGACGGCUAGGGCAAGGAUACUUAAGGCUGGAGGAGAGUGCCUGACCUUUGAUCAGCUUGCCCUUCGGGCUCCUCUUGGGCAGAAUACGGUACUCCUGAUUUUUGUUUUUUUAGUCUAUGAACUAUAUAUUCAAGGAAGAUUUACAUACAUAUCACUCAAUU